CUCCACCUCCUGCAGCUCUAGGAUCGUCUCACAAGGCACCUAGCUGCAGUCCUUUGGGUAAUCGUUUCCUUGAGAGACCUUGGAGGAGAAUAAACCGAGACUUGUCAUGACAGGGUAACAUGGAAGAGAAUGUUCUAAGAAGCUGAGAUCAGAAAGAGGAGAAGAUUAAAAGGGGGGCAUCAUGGCGUACAAUGAUGGGGUCUACAACUCUGCUUAUCAUGACUCAGAGACUCUCGAGAUUGACCGAGGGCCUUCCUUCAGGCAGCAAUCCUCCCUCCACAACAACCCAUAUGGAGAUGAUGAUGAUGAUGUCAGUUAUCCGGUACAAGCCAGAAACUGGAGGAGGACUCAGGGGCCAACAAACGAUGUACAGUUGGAUAUGGAGAUACCUCGAUACCCCCCUUCUGUAGAUGCAUCAUACAACAUUGGGCGCUUUAAUCCGUCCUUUCAACCUGACUUGGGAGCUAGGCCUUCUUACCUUGAUUCAGACCAGGAUACGGACAGUGCAAUUGAUGUGUCAGAAGGAGUGACACGUGGACAAUCAGUACGGCAGGCCGUAGUCCCAGCGCAGGUACUGAGGCCUUCUACCAUCACAGUAGUGGACCCCUCACUGGAGAGGCAAAUAGAGUAUAGCAACAAACAAGAACAUGAAAAAAUGAUAGCAAAGCUAGCGGAGAUGUCUGCUGCUGACAUACACAAGGAAGUCCGGAAGAUCCCAGUGUGUCUGAAUGAAAAGCGCAACCUUAGGAACAGAGUCCUGAAACUGAAGCAGAAAUCUUCAAAGGACGUCUCGCAAAUGGACUGUUGCAGCGGAUGUCUGCAUAGUAUGAAAUUAUCUUUCCGGAGGUCUAAGCAGGCGGCUUCAGAGGUAUUAGAGACACUUCAGCUUUGGCAUGGCACCUUGAAAGUCAUAGAAGGGAAAUUCGGAACAAGUAUUCUGUCAUAUUUCAAUUUCAUCAAAUGGCUGCUGAUGUUCAACAUCUUCUCGUUUGUGGUGAAUUUCAGUUUCAUCACCGUUCCUCAGUUUGUUGAUAUGGCGCCUAAUGACUUAAAUUUCUCUGGUCUGGAACUUCUUACAGGAGCGGGCUACUUUGAAGAUACAGUCUUGUACUAUGGAUACUAUUCAAAUAGUAGCAUCAGGAAAGAUGUCUACCUAGCACCAUAUAAUAUGCAGUUAGCAUAUAUAUUUACCAUUGGAUUGUAUUUGGCUACCUGCUUUCUCAUCCUACUCAUUAGCAUGGCAAUGUCAUUUCGAAAAAACUUUAUUAACCCUGCUUCGUUUUCGGGCAACGCUGCUAAACUUCUGUGCAGUUGGGAUUUUAGUAUCAAUAAUGAGAAGGCCGUGAAAUUAAAGAAGAAACAUCUGAGCACGCAAAUAAAGGAAACUCUGGCAGAAAAGUUAAUGGAAGCAUUAAAACUUACGUUGAGUGAGAAGAUACUUCGAUAUUUUAUUCAUAUGGCUGCCUGGAUCCUCUCCUCAGGGCUGGCAGUUGGCUGCUGUGCUGGGGUAUACUUUCUUUGCCUUAGAGUUGCGGAUUCUGCAGAGAAUGCAAACUUAAAUGCAUUGACUAAGCAAGCGGCAACGUUACUGGUUCCUGUGGUGGUCUCCCUCAUUAACCUCAUCUUGCCGUUAGUCUACUCGAUGUUCUCACUAGUUGAGCAAUUCAAGUACCCGCAGCAUCACAUCUAUGUCACGAUUAUAAGAAAUGUCCUGCUAAAAUUUUCAAUUAUUGGUAUUUUGUGUUACUACUGGUUGGAGAAGAUUGCAGAGGGCACACUAGAGUGUUGGGAAUCUUAUAUUGGACAAGACAUCUAUCGUCUGGUUGUGAUCGAUUUUCUGUUUGCACUGGUUGGUUCCUUCUUUGGAGAAUUUCUAAGAAAGAUUAUUGGCACACGCUGCUGUAAAUCAUUGGGAAUUCCCGAAUUUGAUAUUGCAAGGAAUGUUUUGGAUCUAAUUUAUGCACAGACAUUGGCCUGGAUUGGAAUCUUCUUCUCUCCUUUGCUACCAAUAAUUCAGAUGAUCAAACUUUUCAUAAUAUUUUAUGUUAAAAAGGUAAGCCUGAUGAUGAACUGCAUUCCACCGCGGAGAGCCUGGAGAGCAUCCCAGAUGACCACAAUCUUCAUUUUACUCCUCUUUUUCCCAUCAUUUGCUGGAGUCCUCUGUGUCAUUGGGGUCACUUUGUGGAGACGGAAGCCUUCACAGAUGUGUGGACCUUUCCGGACUCUGCCUACUAUUUACGACUCAGUUGAUGAAUGGAUAAAGUCUAUAAAUGUUUUUGAAAAUACAAAAUGGGUCGUGUGGAUUUACAACAACCUGGUUGAAAGUGUCCUCUUCUUUUACAUCCUCACCCUGAUUGUAUUAAUAAUUUCAUAUCUUUACUGGCAAAUCGUCCAAGGGCGGAAGGUAAUGGUGAAGCUGCUGUUCACACAAAUAGCGAAUGAAGGCAAAGAUAAAUCAUUUUUGCUUAAAGAACUUCGGAAAUCACAGAGACAAGAUGAAGGAAAUCGUGGUGCACCGCAUCAGAUAUCACAAAGACAGGUUCAGCAGUCACAAGGAAGCAAAGAUCAGCAGCAUGAGCAGAUAGGUCGUGAGUCCAGACCUCCAAGUAGUGGUGGCACCAAUGCCUUGGAACUUGCUAUGAGGGCUAGGCAGCAAAUGGAAGAAAGUUCUCCCAUGGAAAAUGAAAGAGCCGUCAAUGAUAGUGCUGAACCUUCAGAUACCAUAGCAAUGAUUAUGAGGGCAAGGCAACAGGCUGAAUAUGAGGAACAGCAAGCAGGGUAUGGAAAACAAGGUAGAGAUGCAAUGGAGAUGGAGAUGAGAGCAAGACAACAGGGUGAAUAUGAGGAAGAGUCACAGAACAGUGGAGAACAGUCUCAAGACUCUGAUAUACAACAAGCACGGCAUCGCAGAAGUCAAUCCGAUGCCAGACAAAUGGAAGGUUAUGAAGCACAACGGCCUUUGAGUCAGUCAAGAGCAGAUGCCUUCUCAAUGGCUAUGAGAGCCAGACAACAAGCAGAACUGGAUCAGUAGAUCUUUAGGGUAUUUUCAGACGUAGGAUUUUGGGUGCAAGUUUCAGUGCGGAUUCAGUGGGAAAACUGGGCUGAAUCUGCAUUGUUUUCAAAAGGCGGCUGCACUGGUUUUUGCCAUGUGGUAGCACAGAACAGUGGUUUCUGCCUUGUGAUACAGGCAGAUUUUGCACAAUCAGAAUCCACCGUGUGAACUUGCCCUUACUGUGAGAAGACCCUGAUUCACGUCUGAUCUAAGAAUCAUCAAAUUUUGCACACAUAAGAUUAUUUUACAUGCUUACAAUGGAGGACAAUAUGUUCAGUGAAGUUAACUGAUGUAAUAUAUUCACUUAAUAAAAACGUAUUUCACCUUAAAUAGUCAAUACGUAGAGAGAUACAACAUUUUAUAAUAUAUGUUAAAUAUGACA